AUGGCGGAGUUGGCCCAAGUUUGUCUCGCUUGUGCCCGAGUGAAGUACUUUGACUCGCAGAGCUUUGCUGAUAUCAUCGCGGCAGUGAAGGUUCACUUGCGUAGCUACAUACAGCUGAAAGCCGAUGAUGUCGGAGGUGUGCUGAGUGGUUUGGCAGACGUCAAUGCCUAUGACAAGGAACUCUUUGAAUUGGCCGCCUCUGCUUUGAAUCGAACGGCGGGGCACUUGCAGCGGCCAGCUCGGAAGGUGAUUCUUGAUGCAUUCAAGAAGGUGAAGCAUCGCUCGGAGAACAGUUCUUUGCGAGAAAUGUCGGAGCAGGAGGCAAAAGCGCGGUAUGAAGAAAGAUGCUCAGAGGACGCACCUUUGGAUUUGGGCACUGAGGCAUUCUAUCCAUCACGAUCCACCGCCAUCGAAGCACGUGCCAGCCUUGGCCUUGGUGAGUUGGCAGCGAUGUCUGCAGGCGUCGACGCAGAUUGCGGCGACGCAGUUUGCGGUGACGGCGAUGUCGCAGCAGACGUCCGACAGAACUUUCGGCGCCUCCAGGGCUGGCGGAUCCGUGGUGUUCGAUGGGACCGAUAUGAUGCCACAGGCAUGUGUCGUCAGAAGAUCGACAUCUCGCUGCUGCUGCUGGUGCGAUGGGUGGCCGGGCCCUGGCGGCGGCACUGCGGCUUCUGUGUGAAGACUACAACUCUGCAGGGCUACCAGAUCUAUUGCCACUGGGACUUCACCACGGGGUGGGCGUGGGCGGAAUCGCUGACUGAGCGACAGACCUCGCGACCUCGUGACUGGUUGACUUUGCGACGAAGGCUUUGGUCUUGGCAGUCCACAUCCCCACGGGCGCGCUUUGUGGAGGUGAAGAGUGAACGUGACACCUUGGCCAGGAGGCGAUUACGGGACUGCCAUCGGGACAUUCUGAUCCGGGCUUCAAGUGCUUGUGAAUCUCAUUCAAUGUGGCUCAGCAGUGCUGACCGUUUUGAACAGGAAGUCUUUCAGAACAAGAUCCGGCAACGUCGAAAGCGAGCUGCCAGUGAGGGUAGCAGUGAGGGCUUUUGA